AUGUCUAAUACUCUCGUUUAUCUCACCGUAAUCGUGCUCGUGCUUGGAGUUAACUUGGAUGUAGUCACAGCUGGCACCUGUGGAUGUCCGUGGAAUUCAGCACGUUGUGAAGCGAAUUGCAUUGGCAAGAACAUUGGUGCAGUCACUGGCUCAUGCCGUGGUUUUGCUUAUGCACACUGCAAAUGUAAAGUCAACGGCAGUUGGAAAUCAAUUGCUGGAAAAUGUGACAAUUAA